UUUAAGCAGCUGCUGCCUCCUCAACCUUCUUGCUCCAAGCCUCACAGGAGAGAGACAGCAUCCAGAAACUCAGCAGCACCACCACAUUGUCUUCAGAGCUAGUUUCCUCUGAGGACACCUAGCAGACUUCUAGCUGUUCAGAAGGACAAAGUACUCUGUUACUUGGGCUUAAACAGGAGUCUAUAUUCCAGUUUUCCAAAUGGUUGAACGAGUUCCACCUUUCCUAUAUGAUGUCGGAGAAAGAACUGAAUACAAGCCUCUUGGACAUGAAGAGCAAGUUGAACACAUCAACGCUUAUAUCUGCAGACCAUCUUUCAACACAGACAAAGCUGUGAUUGUGAUUCAUGAUAUUCUAGGAUGGCAGUUCCCAGAUACAAGAUAUAUGGUUGAUCUGGUUGCAGCUCAGGGAUAUUUAGCCAUUUGCCCAGACUUCUUCAAAGGACAACCUUGGACAACUACUGAUCAUUGGGCUGACUUUGCUGACUGGUUGAAAAAGCAUGAUCCUACAAAAGUGGACAGGGAAACUGAUGCUGUCUUGAAGUAUCUAAAGGAGCAGUAUGGUGCAAAGAAGAUCGGUGUCGUUGGGUUUUCCUGGGGUGGCAUGGCUGUACAUCACUUGAUGCUGACAAAUCCUGAAUUACAGACUGGGGUGUCCUUCUAUGGAAUAAUCAGGAACACUGAAGACAGAUACAACUUGCUGAAUCCCACAUUUUUUAUUUUUGGUGAAAAAGAUCAUACCAUUUCUUUGAAGCAGAUCACUUUACUGGAGGAGAAACUGAAACAGUACUGUCAAGUUCCCUAUUUUCUUAAAGUUUACCCUGGGCAAGUUCACGGCUUUGCACAGUUCAAGCCAGACGAUACGAAACCUCAGGAUAAACCGUACAUUGAACAAGCAAGAAAGGAUAUGUUUGACUGGAUUGAAAAAUUUGUCUAACAAAUAUAAAAUCAAAAGUGUAAGAUAACAUAAAGCAAUAUAUUCUGCAAUGUUAA